AUGUUGAUGUCACUUGAGUUAUUCAGCAUCCUUGUCAAAGUCACCAACCUUAUGGGCCUGUUUGUGCGCAAUACAGUUCCACUCUCAGUCUCAUCCCGUAUUAUUUGCGCAUUAUGUGAUAUAAUUGUAUUCAGAAUGACUCAAUCUCAAAACUACCUGAUUUACUCAAAUUACAUUCCAGUGAACUAUGGAUCAGUUGAAAAUGCACUGAUUCUGCUGAAGAGACGCUUCACAGACUACGCCAUACUCUUUGAUGAACUAAUCAAAUACCUCAAUGGAUUUGAGUACUAUGAGAAUUACAGUAACAGAAUUCAAAUUGAUAAGAAACAGCUGUUAAUCAACUUAAAAAGAUUAAGAGACAAUCAGAUCCCAAUCAAGUCAACUCACUAUUGCAAUGAGUACAUGGUAGAACCAUUCAACAUCAACAAAUUGACUUAUACUCCAUCUCUAAAUGGAGUAUGGUUUCUACUGAUCAAUAUUGAUGAACAGUACAACAAGUUCACAACUGACCUGUUGUACUGGAUUGGAACUGAAUUUGCUCAGGUUGAUUGGACUCUCUCACCCGUAUUCAAUCCACGUGGCUCUCUUACGAACUAUCUGCUUUUCAUCAGUGAUUCACCAAUGAUGCCCUGGUAUUUUGUACUACACCUGAUAUUCUGCUACUUGAUUGAUAACUUCAAACACAGUCACAUCCAACUUCCUGAUGUGGAUUUCAUUCGUAUUCAACGCAUUCUACGUCACAACCUGUAA